UGGUAACAGUGGCAGUUGUAAACACGGCUGCCUUUGCCAAAUUGAAGGAAACUUUUUAAGUGUAAUUGAAAGUAGACUUAUAAUGGCAGAUCCACAGCCUCUGUCAGGACGGCGUGUUGGAAGCUUUGCCUACCUGACCAUAAAGGACCGUCUGCCAGUCAUCCUCACCAAAGUCAUUGAUUUUCUCUGCCGUGAGAAAGUGUCCAUAGGAAAGCAGUAUGGAGAGGCAGCUCAGGAAGGAUGCAAGGAGGUUAUUGGUAGACUCUCGCAACUCAAGAACGAGAUGCAGACCAACAAGCCUUUCCGGAUACUGCAGGCGGAUCCCUCAGCAUCUCCCCAUGAUGAUUCCGAUGAAUACAACCGGGAGCUGGAGAAAUUUACCAUUGAGAACGAGGACCAGCCCAAGUGGUUUACUGCCCCCUGGCUCUACGCAGAGUGCUACAUGUAUGCCAGAAUUCACGAGGCCUUCUAUUUGUGUGAUCCGUUGAGGGGAUUCGACCCGUUCCUGGUGCAGAAGCAGAAGGCUCUCGUUGACUCUAAGACGGCUGUGGACUGCCUGACUAAACGGGUCGUGACAGCGUGCAACUCUGUCAGUAAUUUUACACAACAGUUACUUAAGCAGUAUGUCAUUCAGCUCCUGGAGGUCUGUCUAUGGGGUAACAGGUGCGACCUUAGUAUAUCUGGUGGUGCGGACAGAGCGCAAGAGUCUGAUAUCUUCAGUUCACUAGACAAAUUGCGACCGCAGAUCCUCGACAACAAUGCUGACUUGCUUUGGCAGCUCUUAGUUUCCCUUCCUGAGGACCAGAGAGAUCUAGUGUUAGUGUUAGACAAUGCCGGGUUUGAGCUGGUGAGUGACCUUUGCUUCCUGACCUUCCUGAUGGAGUCGGCGCUGGCCACGUCCGUCACCAUACACACCAAGACGCGGCCAUGGUUUGUGUCGGACACCUUGCACUCGGAUCUGAUGUGGACCAUCGAGAAACUCAGAGAGUUUGGAGACUCCAAUGCCGAAAUGGCCAACAAGUGGGCGAAUUACCUCUCCUCCGGCCAGUGGAAGAUUAGCGAGAACAAAUUCUGGACACAGCAUCAUGACUUUGCCUCCAUGAACGAGGUUGACCCACGGCUCUAUUCGGAGCUCUGCAAAGCGUCCUUAGUUAUAUUUAAGGGGGAUCUCAAUUAUCGCAAGCUCACGGGAGACUUGGACUGGCCAACGAACACAAGCUUUCAGCGUGCCCUUCGAGGUUUCUCUCCAGCCCCAAUCCUAGUCCUUAGAGUGUGGUGGGCCUAUGCAGAGAGAACGGCUGCAGCUGCGAUGGAACAUCAGUCUAUGGCUGAUCCAGCUGUGACCGCUCCUGCUCACCUGACCAAUACCCACUCCACGACUACUUUAAUCCGAGAUGUGACCUUUGACCUGUACAAUAUCCCAUACCUCAUGCACUGCCUUCUGUCACUCUCGAAUCCUGUCUCGCAUUCCCCCGAUGCACUCCCCAGGAACCUCUUUGUCACUGCCUAG